UUUCCCUUUAAAUAAGUUCUACUCGUACAAGUUGAACAGUGACAAAUAUAAACGUGAUGUUCUUGAACGCAGCUUCUUCGUCAGAAACAAACAACCCAUACCAUAUCAACAUUUAAUAAUUACCAAAUGUAAUUAUUAAAUUAUUAAAUUAGAAGCUCAAAAUGUCCGAGUUAGUCACCUAACGCGACCUAAGUCCUGUCCAAAGACUUUUGUCCACAUGCUUUUCGAACCCAUGCAACAGCAUUAUCCUCCGCCUUCUGUCCGAAAAUAAGCUGCGGGGGCUUUUGAAAAAUAAAUCUCUUAUAAAUAUCUUAUAAGUGUCUUUCAGCUGAAUGCCAGGUUACAUCAGUGCUGUUUAUCCCAGCAUGCUUUGGGACAUUGGAGUGUUGUAAGCAGCAUCAGCAUCAGGCUCUCUCUCUCUCUCUCUCUCUACUUGACUUUAAUUGGCUUUCGUCAUCCUUAUGGACUGGAAAAAAAAACAAACAAGAUAACAAGCUCCCUCUUGAUUGGUUGGUGACUUUUGGUGGAGGGCAUCUCACACCAGGAUUGAGAUGAUGUCUUUUAAAGGAGGACGAAGAAGAAGAUCUGCCCCUGUACGCGCUUGAUAAGUUCUAGGAGGAAUCCUGCAGCAUCUCCCUCUCUUUUUCCUCUCCCUCUCUCCCUCGCUCUAUCCGCUCUCUUCAACUUCCAUGGCUUGAGUGGCCCAUUUGCAGUCCUGCAAAGGCAGCCGAAGAGGGAUCAUGUAAGGCAUUAAAAAAAACACGAUCCGAAAAGAAAGAAGAAGAAGAAAAAAAAGAGAGAGAGAGCAACUUUAGAGAUGUGGCUUUAUUUUGGGAAUUGGCCCGCUCAUCCCACCGGCUCGCCUUGUCGUCCUAUGCGAUCGACAACGAUACAAGAAGGAAUGCUUAUUGUGGCGUAAACUAUUCCAUCCGCCCGCCGAAUUGUGGAAUUGGAGCCCCCAGCGGUGGAGGAAGCUUGUGUGUCUCCCCCGGAAAGCCUUUUUGACGCCUGUAUGAAUGCUACAUCCAUUUGUCGGACACGCAGCCAGCUUGGAUCACCGAGAAGAGCGCGAAUGGGAAUGCUGCUCCAAGAUCUGAUGCCAUUCACUUUAAGUUGGUGGCCUUUUCUCUUCGCUCAUUGCCUUCUCUCGCUCUUUUUACUCUCAUGCCAGGGAGAACUCCAGAGGUCAUGCUCGCAGACCGCGGCAGAGAAAGUUAGCCAACAGUGCCAGCUGGCGUGCCACUGUCGAAGAUACCCUCCCCUGCCCCCGCCGCCACCUCCGCCACCUCCCCCGCGGCUACUGGGCGCCACAGUGGCAGAACCCAUGGUGCCCUUAGUGAGACCCUGGUGGACGGACAUGGACUUUAUAGUGCUGGGAACAGUAGGCUGUGCCUCAGCCGUUUUCCUACUCUCAGCUAUCAUCAUCUGCUACAAGGCCAUCAAGAGGAAACCACUGCGUAAAGAACAGAACGGGACAAGUCGCGGGGAAUACGCCAUGAGCAUCCGCACCAAGAAGACCAUGGGAACAAACAACACUGUGGUAUAAACUUUUAAAGACUCCAGCUCGGAGCAGGAAGUGACAGCGGUCAUCAUUUUUCACCCUUCUUUCCUUCCGUCAACGAGCAAACCUCUUCUCACCCACAAUGCAACACAGGCUGUGAAAGCGCUGAAGACAAGAUGGAAGCAAACGCCACAAAGGCGAAGAAGAACUGCGCCCAUAUCCGUGUGUGCGGUGUUGAAAAAAAAAAGCGUCCCAGCAGGGUGAACAAGUGUUGCUGACAGGCUGCGACCGGAGGCCACGCCAUCCAGACCUCAUGCUCUCAUCACAGCAGAGCACCCCCCCCCCCCGCCCCCCCAAAACAUUCCCAUUUUACCACACACAAUAAACAACGUGCAUGCACUUUUUUACAGAGAAUGCAAUUUUUUUUUUUUUUAAUAUCUUCCAUUUUUGUUACUGCAUUUUGGAGACUUGCAGGGGCAUGACGUGACUGUCACUCCUGGCUCUGAGGUGUGCAUUCAUAUGACUAUGCAAUUUAAAGAAAUCGAUAUUUUCCACAAAACGAAAAAGACAAAAAGAGGUGACGACUUCAAACAAGUUUUCAUUGUGUCAUACUCCAGUCAUUCGUCUAUUUAUUUUCUCUAUUUAUUUUUAUACUUCAAAAAGGAUCGUGUACAGUCCUCAAGUUUGAUUUGUUGAUGUUUUUUUUUUUUUUUCCCAAGUGAAUUAUUUAUAAGCGACAUAAUUACUUUGCUGUGCGUCUAGUCGAGACACUGAUGCAGAAAAUGUGCUUGCUCAGCAAAGAGUUUUGGCAUCAAGUUGUCUGUGUGUGUGUGUGUUUGAUAUGAUUUUAUGUUUUGUUAAAUGUCAGGGUCUCUGUGGCGUGCUGAGGUGAAUGUGAGUUAUUUCCGUACUGCAGCACACGCUCAAAAGUCAUCUCAGUCCAAGUUCUCCCUUACAAGCACAGUGGAAGCUCUAAAAGUUGAACGCUUUGUUGUUGAUAAAGAUUUAUGAUGGCGAUAGUUUGACCCUGGAACUGAUUCAUUCACUUUAUUAUUAUUAUUUCCUAGGGGGAAACUCUGUGCUAUCAUAAAUCUGUAUUAACUGUAUAGUCCAGGGACAGCUAUUUUCAGCAUGUUUUUUAUUAAUUUAAUUUGCAAAAACAAAGGAGGCUCCUGUGGAUCAUGCCAAAACAACCAUCAGCAGUGAUGGGAAUAAAGGCGUUUAAAAUAACUAAUUUUACUAACGCCGUUACUUUUUUCAGUAACGGGUAAUCUAACUAAUUACUUUUACUGUCAACAUAACGCCGUUACCGUUUUUCGACACCCCGUUACUGCACGUUACUGAAGCCGCCUCAAAAUAUAUCACCGACUUCAUAACUAAGAGUCUUGCAGAGUGACAAGGCAGGAAGUGCGAAAACCACAUAAGCAAAGAGGAUUGGCUCAGAUUUUACUAAAAUUGCGUCUUCAGCCAAUCAGAGAACUUGAGUGGGCGGGUGUUUUGAGCUCAUAAGCAAUGACGAUUAGCUAAAGUUUCGUAAAAGUGCGUCUUCAGCCAAUCACAGAACUUAAGUGGGUGGGUGUUUAGAGCUCAUAAGCAAUGACGAUUAGCUAAAAUUUAGUAAAAUUGCGUCUUCGGCCAAUCACAGAACUUAAGUGGGCGGGUGUUUAGAACACAUAAGCAAUGAGGAUUGAGUAAGGUUUAGUAAAAUUGCGUUUUCAGCCAAUCAGAGAACUUGGGUGGGCGGGUGUUUCGAGCAAGUCCAAAAGUGCGAUCUAGCAUAGCGAGAGAUGAGAGAGGAGGACACUAGUGACAAGACAACGUUUGCCAAAUGGAAGUACGGAGACUACUUUAACCUCGUUGACGUCAAAGGUCUGGAGCCGGGCCCCUCCCCUGGGGAGUGGAGUGGAGCGGAGUGGAGUGGAGGGCAAAGUCUGUCUCGCAUGCUGCAUCUUUAAUGAGCCACCAUCAGCAGACCUUUUUCCGGCGAGCAACCUCAGAGGAAGUGAAGAAGCAGGAGUUUGCUGAGGAUGACAGGACGAUCCCUCACAACCGUAUCGAACUGGAAAUCCAGGCAGAGGCACAAACCCUGGGGCUGGCCUCUUGAUGGUGUCCAGGAGAAGUCUAGCUCGCGUUGCCACGGCCGGGUUGACGUCCUCCACCGAAGCCAGGAAACAGCAGAAAGCGUGCGCCAGGGAGUACUUCAGCAGGUGGUUUUUGGUCACCGCACCAAUAUCCAAGAAGCGACACAACACUGCCACUUUCUCCACUGUGGGAUUUAAUCACAUUGUAAUUAAAUAAACAUAA